AUGAGCGGACAGCUGGGGCCGGCGCGGGGCCGAGGUCUGGGCGGAGGGCUGGCUGGCAGCGGCUGGGGCCGCGAGCGGGGUUUGCGGCGUGGAGGUGCUAGCAGACGCGGGCGGCGGCGAGUCCGGAGCCCCCGGGCCGGAGCCGAGCUAACCGCAGUGGGGACCGGGGCCCAGAGCCGCGGCGACUGCGGCCGGAGGACGAUGGCAGCGCCCGCCGGGGCCGGGGCACUGAUUGCAUCCCCAGACCGCAGGCGCUGGCUGUGGUCGGUGUUUGCGGUGGCGCUCGGGCUCUUGACUGCUGGUGUAUCGGCCCUGGAGGUGUAUACACCAAAAGAAAUCUUCGUGGCAAAUGGGACACAAGGGAAGCUGACAUGCAAGUUCAAGUCUACUAACACGACCGGCACGUUGACCUCAGUCUCCUGGAGCUUCCAGCCAGAGGGGACUGACACCACUGUGUCGUUUUUCCACUACUCCCAAGGGCAAGUGUAUGCCGGGAAUUACCCACCAUUUAAGGACAGAAUCAGCUGGGCUGGAGACCUCGACAAGAAAGAUGCGUCAAUCAACAUAGAAAAUAUGCAGUUUAUACACAACGGCACCUACAUCUGUGAUGUCAAAAAUCCGCCUGACAUUGUUGUCCAGCCAGGACACAUUAGGCUUUAUGUCGUAGAGAAAGAGAUUUUGCCUGCGUUUCCCGUUUGGGUGGUGGUGGGUAUAGUUACUGCUGUGGUCCUAGGUCUCACGCUGCUCGUCACCAUGAUUCUGGCUGUCCUCUAUAGAAGGAAAAACUCUAAACGGGAUUACACCGGCUGCAAUACAUCAGAGAAUGUGUCACCGGUUAAGCAGGCUCCACGGAAGUCCCCCUCCGACACAGAGGGUCUAGUAAAGAGCCUACCUUCUGGAUCUCACCAGGGCCCAGUCAUAUAUGCGCAGCUAGACCACUCUGGCGGACAUCACAGCGACAAGAUUAACAAGUCAGAGUCUGUGGUGUACGCGGACAUCCGGAAAAAUUGAGAAGACCCCAGUCAUAUCCUAAGCAAGAAACAAAUCCAAACUGGACUCGUGUGCAGAAAAUGUAGCUCAUAACCAUGUGUGGCCUUGGAAACCUGGACACGGACAAGCACAUGUUUAUUCAUAGAGGGAGAAAAAGAAGUGUAUAAAGAAUAUGUAUAAAUAUUCUAUUUAAUCUUCCUGAUGCGAGGAGCCACUAUUGCAUGAUGAAGAGAUGGUAUGAUUCUACGUAUACGUAAAUUGUCUGUUUUUGUACUUCCCUUCAGGGUCAUUUACAGUUGAGAAAAUUCAGACACAUUCCUAUCAAUCACCAUCAUUUAGAUGUGGUUUGCCUUAAUGGAGAUGGUAGCAGAUCUUUUAGUAUUCUAAUAGACAUGGCCUUUUCAUGUAAGGGCUUAACCCGCCUUCGCGUUUAUUGUACUUGGAGAGUGGAGAUGCUAUGAUGGAAGCAUGUUCAGGGUGGCAUUUAGCCCAGGGUGUACCACCUGCUUGGCGGUUGUUUUUAGAAAGCAUCCAUUUGCUAUGCCACUCGGAGACAGUGUGAGAGAUUUUGUUGCUAUUUUGCUCUCUAAAAUACAGGGCAGUUUUUAGCUUUCAGUGUUGUGUAGACUAUAACAUCACACCCUGUAAGCAUAUUGUCUCAAUUUGUGGAUUCAUCAUAGCAAGAUUGGCAAAGGAUCAGUGCCGGAAGUCACUUCCUUCCAGGUACUUUUAGAUCAAUACCAUAAUCAAUAUAUAAUUGAAGUAGAGAACCCAGGCCUGGCUUGAGGAGUACUGUACCAUUGGGAGAGCAAAAGGUGUGUUACAUUCUUUGCUGAAGUCCUUCGUACUUGUAAUAAGAGUCCCCAUACACCUGAAGGAGCUGAGUUUCAUUUCCUUUUAAGUAGGCAGAAAUGGAAUAAUUAGACUGCCAGUCUCUAGCAUCGCAGAGUGCUUUCUAGAGAAUCUUCUAUAUAAAGCUUCAGUCAUGCUUCCAGCAGGGGCAGCAUCAGUCAUGGCUUCUGUAAUAGAUUCAUGAUGCCUCCGAGGCCUUUGAGGCUAAAAAGGGUCUAGAUUUUUAAAAUCAGCCAACAAGGUUAGUACUUCUACGUUGGGAAUCUCUUCUGUUUCUGGGUUUUUGUUCUUUUGAUAAACAAUGAGAUGAGGAGAAAUCUAGACAAUUUGGGCAUCCUUCUCAAUUUAUUUUCUCCCAUUGACCACCGCCCCCAACACCCCAUCUCAAACCUAUGUGAUUUUUUUAACUCAGACUGAAAAGCAUGGUGAAAAUCAUUAAACACCUAUAUUGUCAUUCCCCCAUUUUCUGGAUUUUUUUUUUUAAAUAAUUUUUUUCGUUUAAAAUUGAAAGCCCACAGUUAGAGGAAGAAUACUGACAAUAGGGUCCCAGGAUGUGUUCAGGUAAGUAGGGAUGACAGGUAAUGUUAGUUUUUCUCUCAUUUACUUUGAGGACCCCUAAGAGCUGCCAUCUCCCCCCACCCCAUCUUGUCAUCUUUGUGAGGGAGUUUGAAGGCUGAGUUUUAAGGAAACAAAGAAGGAUUUAGAUUUAAAGGUGUGCACGAAGUGGUUACCUAGAGAAAGGGUGUGUGAGCUACAAAACGAACUCUGCCCCAUACGUGCGGUCUUUUAUUUGCUGAGGGACUAUUUGUUGUUAUUCACAUGAUGCUCCAACUUACAUUCCGUUGAUAUGUACGUGAGCGGGGAGCGGGCUGCGUCAUCACACAUACCGGCCAUCUCCGAAGCUGGUGCGUCUGGCGUGUGUUGCGGCGUGGGAGGAAAACCUGCCGGCUCUGCUGCGUCUGCCUGUUCUGUGCUCACAGGUCCCGCGCAGGACACAGGGACGCGGAGCGCUCUACCCGAGACAGUUCUGCAAAGUGGUCAACUUUGCCUUGCGCCCUGGGGCUUCUCUGCCUCCACGGUGAAAACUCCAGGAACCUUUAGGAGACAUUUUUGUGUGUUGGGAAGGCGGGGGUUGGUGUUGGGAUGUCACCCUUCAGGCUGAUGCCAGGAUGACGAUACUCUCGGUGAGCCCUCCCACUGUGAGAAUUGUACAGCCAUCCGGGACUUCAGGGGGAAAGAAGACAGGUUGUGGUGAGACCAAGUGUGUGCACUGAUAAGUGUAACUUCCUUACGGUCGUUUUUGGCAGGGAAAGGGGGAUCCUCCUUAACCUUUCGCAGAGGUCCAGUGAAUCUACUAUACGUACUUCCUCACACCUCCUGAUAGCAAGAGCCCUGAUUUCUCUGCAUGUUUGUGAAGCUGCCACCCAGAGCACCAGCCCUCACUUUCACUAACCACAGCCGUGGGCCUUCCCUCCCCUGCCUCCCCGUGGCCUCCUCUGCAGGGCAAGGGUGGUCAGCUGCCAGCUUCUUACUCUGGGUCUGUGGCUGAUUUGUCUGAGAGAAGCCGCUCACACCUGGGUGGAGCACCUCAGUGUUGGGGCUUUUUCCAAAACUCCUCACACCAACUCCUGUGGCUCUUUUGACCCUUUCUCCUGUGUCCCAGCAUCCUCGUCCCUGGACACAGAUGACAACAGCAGGGUUGCUUCCAAAUGGCAGGGCUGUCCUUUCCAUGUCUGAUUAUUGGCAGAAUGAGACCUCUUAAAACUACACAUGAUUUUUCUAAGGGGGCACCUAAAGGAUUACUUGAGAUUAAAAUUUCAAUCUAUCUGUAGUUUUUCAAUGGAAAUGUAUUCAGCUAGGUAAAAAAAAAAAAAAAACAUCAAGUUCAUUAAUUUUUCUUUUUCAAUUGUUGUAUUUUUGUGAAUAUUUUAAUACAUUUUUUUCAAUUAC